AUUGUGUGUCAUCUGGAGAGAAAAAACAUUGUGAAUGAAGGGAGUUUGUAUUGACAAGCUCUAUCAGAAGACAUGAUGGACCUCAUGGCUGGAGGAGAAAUAGAAAACCAAACCAGCGUGCAGCAAUUCAUACUCCUGGGCUUUCCCGGCACUUGGUAUUUUCGGAUUUCCCUUGCAAUGGUGUUUUCAAUUAUGUAUUUCCUUACAGUUGUAGGGAAUAUGUUUAUUAUAUCCUUAGUGUGGACCCACCCGUGGCUCCACAGCCCCAUGUAUUUCUUUCUCUGCAAUCUCUCCUUCCUGGAGAUCUGGUACACCACGGCCUGCGCCCCCAAGGCUAUUGGUGUCAUGUUAGGGAAAAGCCAAACAAUUUCCUUCACCGGCUGCAUCCUGCAGCUGUAUUUCAUAUUCUCACUGGGCUCUACAGAAUGUCUCAUAUUGGCUGUCAUGGCAUAUGACCGCUAUUUGGCCAUAUGUCAUCCAUUGCGCUAUAGCUCCCUCAUGAACAGCACCGUCUCUGCUCAGCUGGCCCUCAUCUCUUGGCUGUGUGGGUUCCUGGUUAUCUCUGUGUUGGCAUCUCUAAUAUCCAGGUUGUCUUUCUGUGGACCUAACAUUAUCAAUCACUUCUUCUGUGACAUUGAUUCCUGGAUAGCACUUUCCUGCACUGACACGAGCCUCGUUGAGCUGGCAACUUUUAUCGUCUCUAUUAAUGUCCUCCUGGGCUCAUGUGCAAUAACUCUAAUCUCGUACAUUUACAUAAUCUCCACCAUCUGUAGAAUCCCCUCAGCCCAAGGCCUGCAAAAGGCCUUUUCCACUUGCUCUGCCCAUCUCACUGUCGUAACUAUCUGGUACGGCUCCACCAUUUUUCUGUAUGUCAAGCCUUCUGCACAGAACUCAUUGGAUUUAAACAAAAUAGUCAACGUCUUUAACACUAUUGUAACUCCUCUAUUAAACCCUUUCAUUUACACUCUAAGAAACAAAGAGGUGAAGCGAGCCCUGGAAAAGGUAAUCAGUGGGAUGUAA